AUGAUAAAUGAUAAAUAUGGUUCUGCUAAUUACAAGCCUGUUGUCCGUAUUGACUAUUCAAUUCCUUUGUAUGAAAAGAUUGCAUCUUAUGUUGCAUCUGACUGUUGUAUUGUAAACGCUGUGAGUGAUGGCAUGAACUUAAUACCAUAUGAAUACACCGUCUGCAGGCAGGGAAAUGAGGAUAUCGGUAAGCUCAGAGGUGCUGAUAAGAGCUCACUUCAUACAAGCACACUGAUUGUUUCUGAAUUUGUGGGUUGUUCCCCGUCUCUUAGUGGAGCUUUCAGGGUAAAUCCUUGGAGCGUUGAAGAUGUGGCUGAUGCAUUGUAUAGUGCAACAGACCUGACACAAUUUGAGAAGAUUCAGCGCCAUGAGAAGCAUUAUCGCUAUGUUAAAUCUCAUGAUGUUACUUACUGGGCACGAAGCUUUGACCAGGAUCUGAGAGAACGUGCAAAGAGCAAGAUAGCAGAAGGUGUUGGACCACUGGGUUUGGUUUGA